AUGGUUUCAGACAACUACGGGAUAGUUGUUGAUUCGGGCUCUUCUGGCUCGCGGAUUCAGAUCUACAAAUGGAAAGAUCCAGAAGAAUUACAGAAAGAGUCCAAGGAUGACGGUAUAUUGUCCUCUGUUCCUCAGAUUGUUCAGGAGGACAAUUGGACCUACAAGAUAUCCAAGGGACUAUCUACUUUUGCAGACCAUCCAAACGAUGUUUGGGAGGACCAUUUUGAGCCUUUGGUUGAGUAUGCCGAGCAGAUCAUCCCUGAGGAUAAGCUCUCGUCUACCCCUAUUUUUAUUCAAGCCACGGCAGGGAUGCGUCUAAUUCCACAACAAAAGCGCGAAAAGGUGCUGGAAAAGGUUUGCAAGGCCCUGAAAGAACACACACAUUUCAAGAUCGACAGUUGUGAGGACCACGUUCAGGUCAUCGACGGAGAAACAGAGGGACUUUAUGGCUGGAUUGGUCUCAAUUAUCUCAAGGGGAAGUUGAAUAAUUACGACUCGAAAGCAUCAAUCACAGACCAUGACUCGUUUGGAUUUAUGGAUAUGGGUGGAGCAUCCACCCAGAUAGCGUUUGUUCCCUCGGACAUGAAGGAUAUCGAGCAACAUAAGGACGAUCUGUAUAAAGUGAGGCUCAGAAACAUCAACGGAGAGUCGCAGGACUGGUCUGUUUUCGUGUCCACCUGGCUGGGUUUUGGAGCUAACGAGGCGCGCAAACGGCAUUUGAAGAACCUGAUUGGAACCUUGCCAGAAGGCCUGAACUAUGAUUCUGACGGUGAUAGCAAGUACGAUCUAUUUGAUCCAUGUUCUCCAAAAAACAUGCAGAUCGAACAAGAGUUGAACGGCAUCACGUAUCAGAUCACAGGCCAAGGAGACUACAAAACGUGUUUGAAACACAUCUAUCCUCUUUUGUUGAAGCAUUUGCCGUGUAAAGAGGAUCCAUGUUUAUUUAACGGUGUUCAUGCACCAAAGAUCGAUUUCGAGAAGGACAAAUUUGUCGGUGUGAGUGAGUACUGGUACACGGCCAACGAUGUGUUCCACAUGGGAGGAGCUUAUAAUUUUCUCAAGUUUGAGGAAAGACUCAAGGAAUUCUGCGAGACAGAAUGGGAGCAGAUAGAGACCAAUUUCCGGAAUAACCAGUAUGGAAGCAACAUCCCAGAACCUAUCUUAAGAGACUCAUGUUUCAAAGCAAGUUGGGUGGUCAACGUUCUUCAUGAAGGGUUUGAGUUACCUCGUAUUGGUUUUGAAAAGGACGAUCUAAGCAACGACGAAAUUGAGAAGCUCAACAAACAAGACACAGAACAUAUUCCAUUCCAAAGUGCCAACCAGAUCGACGGAGCAGAGCUUUCGUGGACGCUGGGAAAGAUCGUUUUGUAUGCGUCUUCUCAAAUACCUACCAACGACGGUGGCUCCGUGGGAGUGGUUCCAAGUGAGACAGUCCAGUACAUUUCCCCAGCUCCGAUUCUGGGUUCAACCAAUGAGGAAUCGUUGCAAGGAUACUUUGUUUUCAUGAUUGGACUGCUGUUCUUUGGUGCCUUGAGUUACGGAUUGUACACGAAGAAACACGUUUCGUUCAAGUUUUUGAAAGGACGCAAUAUCAAGAAUAUCCAGGCGAGUUCAACUAGACGAUUUUUCCAACAAGGAUACUCCGAGAUCCUCAACAGAGUAAAGCACCUGAGACACCCAACCACCUCGUCAGACGAGGAGUCUGCAAUCUACGAAGACGACAAUUUACCAGGGUUGCAAAGACGCACAUCUUCUUCAUCGAUCCCCGCCAAUACCAGCACUUUGAGAACGCGCUCAAAUGUCAAUCUGUCAGACACGCUCAAUGAUAUUCCGCACUUUGGACGGUCUUUCUCUGCCAACUCUCUUCCUGGCAAGAUCAGCACUAACGGCGACAAAUCUGGUCUUACUUUCGAUUUCAUGGGCAAGAAGUACAACAAGUACAUAAAACGGUCGGAGUCGCCCGGCCGGUCUGUUCCGUUCCCUCAACCGUUAAGCAUGACUGGCGGGUCCCAGUUGGAGCUCAAAACUCUAGCAAAGGGCAAAACCAGCGACUAG